UUUCUUUCUAUGUGGGAAGAGAUCAGAGUUACCCAUCCUAUGACAGAUAAUAUCUGGUGGGUCCCAUCCCAGGUGCAAGUGCUAUAUGUGCUUUGGGAGCCCACAUCAUAGCUUGGGACUGCAAACAAGGCUGCAGACUGGCAAGGCAGAAACUUGGGGUUCAGGUUCUCUCCCCCACUUUUCCCUUCCAGAAUUAUACUAAUAGAAGAUAAAGCCACCGGCUGCCUCUGUCACCCUAUGAGCAUCUCCGGCCAAUGAGUAUGCUUGUGAACUGGAAGAGGAUUCUCUGGAAGAUGUUUCUGCAGCAACUGCUGUUGCUGUUUUCUGACAUUUGGGAUGCCCAAGCCGACGAAUCGUUAAGACAGAGGACCCUCGACCUCAUGACAGAAGCCCCUUUAAUUGAUGGACACAAUGAUCUGCCAUUGAAGCUGAGAUGGUUUUACCAAAACAAGUUGAGUAACAUUGAUGUAAGGACCCUCAGCACCACGGCCACAAAUAUUGAGAAGCUCCAGGCUGGUCAUGUCGGUGCUCAGUUUUGGUCAGUGUAUAUUCUCUGCAGUGCUCAGAAGAAAGAUGCAGUGCGCCUCACCCUGGAACAGAUUGACGUUGUCAGACGGAUGUGUGAAAGCUAUGAUGAUCUGGAACUGGUGACAUCUUCCGAAGGCAUUGCCAAGACAGACAGCAAAAAAAUAGCGUGCUUGAUCGGCAUCGAAGGAGGUCACUCCAUAGACAGCAGCCUUGCAGCUCUGAGGAUGUUUUACGAGCUGGGUGUUCGGUACAUGACAUUGACCCACAACUGCAACACUCCCUGGGCUCAGACAUCAUCUCAACAACCACAAGACUAUCCCAACACUAAUGGCUUGAGUGCUUUUGGUGAAGAAGUGGUGAAAGAGAUGAAUCGUCUAGGGAUGAUGAUAGACUUAUCACACACAUCUGACACAACUGCAGUGGCUGUUCUCAGGAUCUCUCGUGCCCCGGUCAUUUUCAGCCACUCAUCGGCCUUCUCAGUUUGCAACAACCCAAGGAACGUCCCUGAUGAUAUUUUGCAGCAUUUGAAAGAAAACAAUGGAAUUGUGAUGGUGACUUUCUACACCAAGGUUCUAGCUUGUAGCAAUGACGUAGUUGACAUCUCAACUGUAGCAGACCAUUUUGACCACAUCAGGACAACGAUAGGCUCAGAAUAUAUAGGAAUUGGUGGAGACUACGAUGGAGUGACUAAAUACCCUGAAGAACUGGAGGAUGUUUCCAAAUAUCCAGCCUUGAUUGAGGAGCUGCUGAGAAGAGGCUGGAGUGAUGAAGAACUGAAGGGUGUUUUGAGAGAGAACUUUCUGCGUGUUUUCCAGGAGGUGGAAAAUGUGCGGGAUCAGAGUGCUUCCAUGGCAGUAGGAGAAGAGGAAAUUCCCUCGGAUGACGUACAACAUUCCUGCCGCUCAGAGCUGAAGCCUCCUCCUGGAGUUGCUAUCUUAUAUUGACUCACCUGGGAUCCCCCAAGCACCUUAAUGUUUCACUCCAACUCUGUCCAUGUGGAAAUCAUGUUGAGCUAAGAGCAUAAAAAUCUACUUGUCUCCACAGAAGUGUAAACUGGCAGUGGUGACAUCUUUGGAUUUCAGGGGUGGGGAACUCUGACCCAUGGGGCUAUUUGGCCUGGCAUGGGUCUCAAUUUGGCCUGUGAGGCCCUUUUCCUCAAAUCAUGCCCACUUGCCCCACACCUGAUGCCAUAAAGGAAGGAGCCUUUAAGUGUACUUCCGGCAAGGGAGGCUUGGGCUGCAUACACAUCAUACAUUUAAAGCACAUAUAAAGUACAUUACUUCCCCUGAAGGAUCAUGGGAACUGUGGUUUGUUAAGGGUGUUGGGAAUUGUAGCUCUGUGGGGGAUAAACAACCUUCCCCAGGAUUC